UCCCAACCCUCCGUAUCCAUGUCCGCCCCCCCCGAUUUCAGCACGAAAUCAUUUUCGUUGUACAAACCCGGAAGAUCACCCUAUGAUCAGCUGCUACCGCAGAAUUAUCUAGAGAUGGUGUCCGAGGAGGCGAAGGAAGCAUUCAAAGCGGACAAGUUCCAGUGGGAUAAGGUCCCUGACUGGAUACCUCCGGCAGAGCUACGGUGAUGUGGAUUUUGUACAUAUUAUAAUGAUUUUUGAUCUAUACUUGUAGUCACUCGCUAUCGUCGCUAAAAUAGGACGCCGUUAAUAUGAGC